AUGUCGAACAACGCGGUCGGUGCGGUCUAUGAACAGAUCAUCGCCGAGGUCAUAAACUCCUCGCGCGUCGAUUUCGAAGAGGGCGGAGUUGAUGAGAGCGUUCUCGAUGAACUUAAGAAAGGCUGGCAGGAAAAGCUCUCCCAGCUCGAGGUGGCGAGUUUCCCUUGGGAUCCCCCGAAGGAUGCACCUGCUCCUGCUGCACCACCGCCAACGACUGCUGCACCCCCACCAGCCGCUCCAUACUCUCAGGCUCAGCUGAGUCCUCAGAUUCCGGGACCCGGCCUACCUCUGCCUGGUGCCCCUCCUGCCAACCAAGUUAGAAAUGUGCCAGUCAAGGAGGAGCCGUACAUCAAACCAGAGCCGGGCAUGCAGAAUGUGUCUAUGCCUUCGGCUCAGCAGGAGGGUGCUGGCAUUGCUGCUUACCGCGCAGCUCAACAUAUCCAGGGCCAAUUCGGUGAGAAAGGAGCCGGCUCUAUCAAUGCCAUUCAAGCCUCGGCGACCAACAGACCUGCCGGUCAGCCGGCCCUUCCUCAGAUGCCUGGCCAGCCUACGCAACAGCAGCAGCAGUACCGGCCUGGCGUGCCUCAACAAGGCCAGCAGCAGCAGCAACGCCCCCCUAGUAACGGUCAACCCGGCGUGAAUCCUUCGCAAACCGAUGGGGCCGGUGACGACAUCGACUUUGAAGGUGUACUGGUCCACCGCGAUGCUGAUGGCAACGAACGCGAGCUCGGGCGCAUCGACAUUGACCGCAUGAUACACGCACAGAUUGCAGCGAACGCCAAGAGCAUGGAGGGUGGUGGGUUGAUGCUACCACUCAAGGAGGCCACGAGACACAAGUCCGCCGCCACUACGCACUCCAAGGGUAAAGAGCAUGGUAUAGCUUCCUACGAUGGCUACGACGACGAUGAAGUUGAUGAAGACGCGAUCAACUCGGAUCUUGACGACCCUGACGAAGAUAAGGACGAAGAUGAAGUCGACGAUGAGGGUUUGGGCCACAUCAUGCUCUGUAUGUAUGACAAGGUCCAGCGCGUCAAGAACAAGUGGAAGUGCGUCUUGAAGGAUGGCGUCCUUACCGUCAACGGCAAGGAGUACGUCUUCCAUAAGGCCACUGGAGAGUACGAGUGGUAA